CAAUUCAUUCGAAAAUUAAACAAUAAGAACAAGUGAUAUGGCAAUGAUGAACCAUUUAUUAGUCCCUGCAGUACCAUCCACAGCAAAACCAGUCCCUUUGAUAUCGAGGAAGACGACUCCUUUGGUAUGGGCAUAUAGUCGUGGUUUCGAUGAAGUCCCAGAAGAAAAACAAGUUAGACGCAGGGGCGUAUUACUGGGCUUGACUGGUGUAGCUUUGGUUAUGAAUGGUGGUGCUAGGGAUGCUAGGGGUGCAGCUAAAAGGCCACCACCACGACCCCCACAAGAGAAAAAGGACCCAAAUGUUAGUGGUUUAACUGCAAAAAUUUUGGCCAGCAAAAAGAGAAAGGAGGCCAUGAAAGAAUCCAUUGCCAAGCUAAAAGAAAGUGGGAAGCCCAUUAAAGAGCCCUCUGAAUAAGCUAUCUACUAUAUUAACAAUUAAGAUUUUGAGAAAUUAUUGUGUCAUCUUGUGCUCACCUUUCAUGUGUCACAUUUCAUUUUCCUUUAUUUUUCUGCUGUAUUAUGACUUAUUUGUUAGUUAAGGAGAGGCGAGGUUUGACAAAAUUACAAUACUCUAGUGUAUACUGUAUUCCAUAUACGCCCUCGAAGUUAGUAUGGCAAUAAGGAUGUCAUUGAUAUGAGAUAAUUGUGAGGGAUCCAUUGACACGAUGAAUGAGAACCAACUAGUUGUAA